CACACAGGAGGAGUGGGAUCUGCUGAAAGAGGAAGACAAGGGGCUUUACCGGGACCAGAUGCUGAGGAACUACCAAGCCCUCGUUUCCCUGGAAAUGCGGGCCGUGGUCAAGGAAUUUGAAGACUUCCGGUAACACCAACUCUGAAGCCGCCAGUUGACCUCUCCGAUGCAGGCCUCAUGGCGCCAUCCAUGUCUGCUCACGGGAAGAACAGAUGAGAAAACCACCUGUGCUCCUGUCUCCCUAAGCCUGUCCCCCCAGAGCCUUGUAGUUUUUCAUUACACGGUCCGGACAACUCCCGGCCACAUCAUGCAUGCCCACAUGGAUGAGGACGAAGGGGGAGUGAUCACAGGGCCGGAUGAGGUCUGGGAUCACGGCCGUGACGUUCUGAAUCCAGGCAAGCAGCAAAUCGCACGUGCCAUGGGAUCCGGGCGACAGGUGGGUCCCUCUGUUCCGCUCAGCAGGGAGUUGCCCAGACGAGGACCCGGCGUCUCUUCCUGUGGGUGUUCCAGCAUCGCUGAGUCUGCGCCGUGCGUGGAGCCACUUCAGCUGCUCUGGAGUCAUCCUCCCCUGCUUCCUCCUCCCAUGCUGCCAGGGCCUCGUGCCUGUUCCCCAGGUGUACUGCGGGGGUCGACACUGCGGAAGCACAAAUAGCCCUGGCCCUGGUGGUAACGGUCCGUGAUACCAUUGGGGCAUUGGGUCCCUCCCGGGGUGCCUCUCCACUAGGUACUUGACCCUGCAGAGAAUGGAAAUACCCAUCAAUUUUGUCCUCAGAAGCUCUCAUUUCCCUCAGCCCGUUGACCUCUGCCUGGAGCUCCCUCACCCGCCCCUCCAGGGCCCGAAGGUGGGCACGCGUGGGACAGGCGAGGGAACUCCCGCUUCCCACUCCCCCCACAGGCCACAGAGGCCCUACCAGAUAGCCCACCACGUCCUUACCAUUAUUGUAGAGUGACAUGUCUUCCUCUCUCUCCUGCCGAAGUAUUCGACCUGGCUUCUGCAUGCCCGCCUUGUGCCAGCGCCGGUGCAAAAACCUGCAGGGGGCUUGCACUCCUGCCUGCAAACUGCCUGGAAACGGCUUCUGUUGGCAGUCCCUGCUCACUGGCUCCCUGCUCACGGGCCACCGCAGGAGUGGGGGGACUAUGGGUUUGGGAGUAAUUGUUUAUUGUUUUGUUUUUUUUUAUGAGAGAAUUUGCAGUUUUUCAACAGAGAAAACCAGGAUCCCUGUAUGUCAUGUGUCAGCUUAGUAGCGUACCCCUGGCUGUCCUGGCUCCGGGAGGUGUUUGAGGACGUGGCAGUGUAUUUCACACGGGAGGAGUGGGAGCUGCUGGAAGAGGAGGACAAGGGGCUUUACUGGGAGCAGAUGCUGAGAAACUACCAAGCCCUUGGUUCCCUGGGAUAUCGAGGCCCUGCCCCUGACUUGAUCUGCCGCCUCCAGGGAGGACAGGUCGAACUCUGGGUCUGCCGUGAUGAGGACCGUGGGGCAAUCUCGAGGUCGGAGGACGUGCUGCCAGGAGAUGCCUGGUUGCUGAGCAGAACUGAGGAGCAGGCUCGUGAGGAAGGGCCUGAAAAGCUGGAGCCACCAUGGGCUUCCCUGGGGAGUAUGGGUGAGAUGGAUUCCCUGAGGCCAGCGAAGGACCAGUGGCACAAGGGUCACGGGAUGCCCCCAAAGCAGGAGAAAGUAGCAGCGAACGAGGUCCCAUCUCUAGUUGGGCAUUGGAGUGAAGAAGGGAAACAAGCCCGAAAGAGCCCAAGGUGCAGGGAUGAAUAUGUCAUGCUGAGACACCAGAAGAGGCAGAAAGGAAAGGCCCACUGGAGAGAGACACUGCAUGCAAACCAAGGCAGUAUGGGGGGCCUCAGAGGAAAGCAGGAGCCCACCACCAAGCGCAGGGGGAGAGCCCACUCCUGCCCUGAGUGCAGGAAAAGUUUUAGCUGCCCCUCACUCUUGGCUAUGCACAAGAUAAAGCAUGCUGGGGAGAAACCCCAUGUUAGCACCAAGUGUGGGAAAAGCUUGACCAGCCUCUCUGUGCAGAGGAGGCAGCAGCCACACGGCUGCACAAGGUGUGGGAAGAGCUUCAGGCAGCCCUCCAGUCUAGCCAGGCACAGGUGCAUACACGCAAGGGAGAAGCGUCAUCCUUGCUCUGUGUGUGGGAAGAGCUUCAUCUCCUUGUCCAAACUGGCUCGACACCAGCUUAUCCACACACGGGAGAAGCCACAUAAGUGCUCUGAAUCUGGGAAGAGCUUCGUCCAAUCCUGCAACCUGAGCAAGCACCAGCACAUCCACACAGUGGAGAAGCCACAUCAGUGCUCUGUGUGUGGGAAGAGCUUCACCCAAUCCUCCUCCCUGAAUGUGCACCAGCGCAUCCACACUGGGGAGAAGCCAUAUCGCUGCUCUGUGUGUGGGAAGAGGUUCACCCGGUCCUCCGACCUGACCAUGCACCAGCGCAUCCACACUGGGGAGAAGCCACAUCACUGCUCUGUGUGUGGGAAGAGCUUCGCCCAAUCCUCCUCCCUGAAUGCGCACCAGCGCAUCCACACUGGGGAGAAGCCAUAUCGCUGCUCUGUGUGUGGGAAGAGGUUCACCCGGUCCUCCUACCUGACCCUGCACCAGCGCAUCCACACUGGGGAGAAGCCACAUCACUGCUCUGUAUGUGGGAAGAGCUUUGCCCAAUCCUCCUCCCUGAAUGUGCACCAGCGCAUCCACACUGGGGAGAAGCCACAUCACUGCUCUGUGUGUGGGAAGAGCUUCGCCCAAUCCUCCUCCCUGAAUGUGCACCAGCGCAUCCACACGGGGGAGAAGCCACAUCAGUGCUCUGUGUGUGGGAAGAGUUUCACCUUGUCUUAUGCCCUGGUCCAGCAUCAGCUGAUCCACACGGGGGAGAAGACAUAUCAGUGCUCUGAAUGUGGGAAGAGCUUCACCCAGUCCUCCUCGCUGACCCAUCACCAGCGCAUCCACAUGGGGGAGAAGCCACAUCAGUGCUCUGUGUGUGGAAAGAGUUUCACGUGGUCUUCUGCCCUAGUCCAGCAUCAGCUGAUCCACACAGGGGAGAAGCCAUAUCAGUGCUCUGUGUGUGGAAAGAGCUUCGCGCGAUCUUCCCACCUAGCCCGGCACCAGCGCAUCCACAAAGAAGAGAAGCCGCGUCAUUGCUCUUAGUGUAGGCAGAGUUUCACUUACUCCUCCAGGUUGUGCCGAACACCAGUGCAUCUACACGGGAGAAGCUACAUGGGUGCCCUGAGUAUUGGAAAAGCUUCACCCAUCUCUCCCACCCCUCCUGGAAUCAGCACAUGCACACCCAGAAGCAUCCCUAAUUCUGCCAGCAGUGCAGGAAGAGCUUGGAGAUGUCUGCCUUCUCAGCACCCACCAGUGCUGCAUUCAGACAAGCACCCCCAUGCUGUUGGACUGCAGAAAGAUUUUGCUCAGGCUGUGCCCCUUGUUGGGUACCGUGGGAGUUCAGAGCCCAGAGGCUGGCCCACAAGUAUUGAUUGUGGGGAGGGGCUAAGAAGAAACACCUCAGGUAGAAGUCAGCCCCCAUGCAGGGCAAGGAGAAUAGGAGAUGAUCUUGCAUCAGCCUUGGAGCCUGUGCAUUCCCCAUCCUUCUCUAAAAUCAGAUAGUACUCUGAGGUGAAGAAGUGCCUUAACGGUAGGGUGCCCUCCCCAAGACAGCUGGCGUGAAAUGACACCCAGGUACUUCCAUUGGCUGCCUCCCAGCUUUCUCCUUCGUUCUGGUCCAGGGCUUCUGGUAUGUGAGCCCCUCAGUUUCAGGGAGCAGUGCAUUUCUGGCUGGGCAGCAAUCCCUACCCUCCUCCCUGACCUCACCUUUCCUCAGCCCCACAUCACCCCUCUCCCAGACCUGCCCAUGCCCAUUGGGGUCUGCCAGGAGCUGCUACUGCCACCCCCUGAGCUGGUUGUUAGACCCCGACUCUAUGAGAUGCCCAAAACUAGGGAGGCAGUGGAUCGAUGCACAAGUUGCUUGUCAACUGCUUUAUUCCAAGUGGAGACAGCUUCGGGCCAGCUUCAAUAAACAGGGGAGCUGCAGUGAA